CCUGUUGUUAUCGAAGAGACCGGCAAAUAAUUGUACCAUGGGCUUUUUGGUAAACACCGUGAGCAUUUUUGUGGUCGCAUUUGCUAUCAUAUUCACGGUAUACGUCAACUAUCCGGAGCCUCCACUCAGUCCACUAUUAUAUCAAUGGCAGUCCAGUGGCCAACACAUGGACUUCAAGGGCUACCGAGUCUUUUACAAAGAUGAAGUGACCGCCGGAGCCAAUGACAUAACAGUGCUGUUACUGCACGGCUUUCCCACAUCUAGUUUUGAUUGGUAUAAGAUAUUACCCGAUCUCAGGAGGAAUGUCCGCCGUGUGAUCGCACCCGACUUAUUGGGCUUCGGUUUGAGCGAUAAACCG